AUGAAGUUCACAGAGGAAGAAGCUGCGAAUGUAAAGACCUGGGUGGUCAAGAGAUUAGAGGAUAUCUCCGACGCUGAUUCCGACGUUCUGGCUGAUUAUGUCCUUGCACUUAUUCGAUCCGAUGCGCCCGAUGAUGAAAUCCGUCAAGCAUCUAUUGAGAACUUGGAAGACUUUUUGAAAGAGAAUACUGUUCAGUUUGUUGACGAAAUCUUCGCUAAAUACGGACCUAAAACUCAACCUCCCGCUCCAGUUCCUGCCCCUACUCCAGUCGCAACUCAGCAAGCUCAAGUCCAACCUGCUAUUCCUACUGCUGCUCCCCUUCAACAACCUUCUGGUUUCAAUCCUGCCGCCCAAAAUUUCGUGCCACAGACUCUGUCUCAGGAUGCUUGGGGAAAUGGUCAAAACUCGCGCAAGCGUACAUUCCACGAAGGCUUCCAGCAAGAUAACCAACUGGCCGAUGCGCAACGAGGCGGAAGGUCAUUUAAAACCCCACGUACACGGCGUGGUGGUAUGGGCCGUGGUGACCGGAUGAAUGGCCGAGGCAGAGGCCUUGGUCCACUUCCUGACCAAUUCCAAGCUGGCAUGUCUGGAUUCCCUCCAAUGCCGCCGGGCUUCCCUGGGUUUGAUCAAAACGAUCCAAUGGCCGCAAUGAUGGCCUUACAAAGUAUGGGAUUUCCUCAGAUGCCGGGACUCCCGCCAAUGCCAGUACCUGGACAACAAGGUGGCGAUCAAGCGAAGUCGAGUGAGCCUUGUCCAUUUUAUGAGACCAAUGGUAUUUGCUAUAUGGGAGCUGCAUGUCCAUACAAACACGGACAAGGGCCAGUCGCUAUUCCUCCUGGCAGUGAUGAGUACGAUCCUACCAAUGCCACCAUUUUCGACGUACAAGGUAAGGAUGAUGCGAGAGGAUCAGACCGGGGACGUGGCCGGGGACGAGGUCGCGGUGACCGCGGUGGUUUCUCGUCAAGAGGUCGUGGGGGUCGCUCAGAAUUCUCGCAUGUUGGACCUAGUGACGACAAAACGAAUACCACGGUUGUUGUCGAAAAUAUCCCCGAAGACAAAUACCAAGAGCAAGUGAUUCGCGAUUACUUCUCGGAGUUUGGUAAUAUUGCCGAAAUCAACAUGCAAGGAUUCAAGAAGAGCCUGGCAAUUAUCAACCCUAAAGCUAUCUUUGACAAUCGUUUCGUGAAGGUAUACUGGCACAAGUCUCAGAACAAGCCUGAUGCAAAUGGUCAGUCAGCCGGAGCAGACCAGGACACGCCCAUGUUCGAUAGAGAAGAGUUUGAGAAGCAGCAAGCCGAGGCGCAAAGAUUGCACGAGGAGAGAAUGAAAAGGCGUAAGGAAGCAGAGGAAGCCCGACUUGCUCUUGAGAAACAGCGUGAAGAGCUCUUGAAGAAACAGCAAGAGGAGAAGGCUAAGCUGCUGAAACGACUUGGAGAAACAGCGGCAGCAACUGAAGAUACUGGAAAUACAGAAAAUGGUUCUGAGACAGCUGGAGAUGAGAAUGUCAGCGAACAGACCAAGUCCUUGCGUGCUCAACUCGCAGCUUUGGAAGCCGAGGCUAAAAGUUUGGGAAUCGACCCGGAAAGCAGCGCUCAAUCUUUUAGAGGACGCGGACGAGGCCUUGGUGGCUAUCGUGGACGAGGACGCGGCCUCGAUCCCUCAUUCCGUGGUUCAUACAGGGGAUCCUACCGUGGCCGGGGUGCUCCUCGCGGUAGUGGUCGUGGUGGCGUUUUGCGUUUGGACAACCGGCCCAAGCGAGUUGCCAUUUCUGGUGUUGAUUUCAAUUCCGAAAAGGAUGAAGCUUUACGCCAACAUCUCAUCGGCAUUGGUGAAUACGAAUCUAUUGAGCCUAGUCCCGAUCGCCCUGAUACUCUAGUCGUCACAUUCAAAGAGCGCUACCUUGCAGAAAAGCUCAUGUUCGGCCCAUCAGAGAUUCCCUCUGUUGGAAAAGUCGAAAAGUCAUGGGUUCCCAAUCCUCCCAUCUCCACGUCUGCUAGUACAGGUGCAUUCUCCUCUGCAAAUAAACAGAACGAAGAUUCUACGAUGGAAAAUGCCGGAGGUACAAAUGGCCAUGAGAACAUGGGCGAAGUCGACUACGAUGUUGCAGAUGAUGAGGAUAGUUGGGGAAUUGGAUUGUAA